AUGUUGUACCGGAGUUGUUGCAGCAGUAGUAGAAAUAGUGAAAACAGUUUUCCUCGCCUUUUUCGACGUCCGUCCUCUUUCAUAUUCUCUCUCUCUCUCUCUCUCUCUCUCUCUAUCUAUCUAUCUAUCUAUCUAUCUAUCUGUUCUUUCUCACAUUUACUCUCUCUUGUAAAAAAAGAAAUAAACGUCCUUUUUCUCAUCCAGUACACUUUCUUUCUUUUUCCUUUACCUUUCUUUCGUUCUUUCUUUCUUUUUUCUUUCUUUUCGACAUGCUUACGUUCUUUUUUCUUUCUUUCUUUUUUCUUUCUUUUUUUUCUUAUUUCCUUCUUAGUUUAUUUACGUAUGCUUUCUUUCUUUCUUUUUUCUGGUAUAGUUUCUUUCAGAAUUUUCUCUCUUUCUUUUUCUUUCUUUCUUUCAGAAUUCUCUUACUUUCUUUCUUUUUUUCUUUCUUUCCUUCUUUCUUUCAGAAUUCUCUCGCUUUCUUUUUUCUUUCAUUCUUUCUUUCUUUCUUUCUUUCUCGUAGUUCGUUUACAUUUGUUUGAAAUAUUUCAACAAACUUCCUUUUUUAUUAUUUUUAAAUUGUUUCUUUCCUUUCAUUUUCAACACAUCCUGAGUGUGGUACAAGGCUACGGGGCGAAAAUCAAAUUACACACUGUCAAUGACCUGCGAAGCCAAUGCAAAACCAGCAGGUUUUCUAUGUAG